UUUACUAUGGAGAAAAGUGGGAGCAAUUUCUCUGAGGAUUCAGGAUCCCUAAAUCAGCACAGCACCAGAGAACACAAAUUUACAGAUCAUUUACAGCCUACGGGAAAGGUGCAGAUCACUGGAGACAUUUUUCAGUUCACUCUUGAUGUGAGUGAAUUUUCUCCAGAGGAUGUCAUCAUUACAUCCUCCAACAACCUAAUAGAGGUGCAUGCAGAGAAGCUGGGUGAAGAUGGCACAGUCACAAAUACUUUUUCCCACCAGUGCAAACUGCCAUCUGAUGUGGACCCCAUAUCUGUGAGCAUGUCCAUGGCGAGCAGUGGGCUCCUGACUGUCAGGGCUCACAGAGUGUGUUAG